AUGCUUGAAGACAAAGCAGAAGUAAAACAGCAGGUCGAGUUAAAAAAACAGGAGAAAGCAAAGCAACAAAGUAUAACAAAACAGAGUCGAAGAAAUAAUGAAAACACAAAAUCAAUACCAAAUCUGGAAAAGUUUCUAUCUGUUAAACGAAACCUAAUAGACGAAGCUGAAGAAAAGAAAACAGACGAAAAGGCUUCUAACAAAACCGAGUGCAUCAUUUGCGGUGAAACUUUUGAGGAGGACUGGGUCCAAUGUUCAAGACGUGAUGGGUGGGCUCAUGAAUUCACAACGUGGAAUCAUCAAGAAGUUGAAGUAUGUGUCAAGACUUACGCCGAAUGGGUUAAAAAUUUCAUCACCAUAGACGGUUAUUUUAUAUUUUAUUAUGCGUUUAGGUUAAUAUUCGUUCACAUGCUACCGUGCAUAGCACUCGUAACAUUAAACUUGUUGCUCUUUAGAGCACUUAAACAAGCUCAAAAACGGAGAGAUAUUUUACUCUCGUCAAAGAAAAAUCAAAAAAACGAAUGUAGAAAAUUAAGGGAUUCAAAUUGUACUACUCUCAUGUUAAUCGUAGUAGUAAGUGUAUUUUUGCUCGUAGAGAUACCACUAGCUGUAGUAACCAUGCUGCAUAUCAUUUCCAGCUCCAUUAUCGAAUUUCUAGAUUACAGUGUCGCAAAUACUCUAAUUAUAUUUACGAAUUUCUUUAUUAUUUUGAGUUAUCCGAUAAACUUCGCUAUAUACUGCGGCAUGUCCAGACAAUUUCGAGAAACGUUUAAGGAACUGUUUAUUAGCGGAGCUGGUAAUGCCCGGAAUGGAUCUUCCAAGUAUUCGGUCGUAAACGGUCCAAGAACUUGCACGAAUGAAACAGUUUUGUAACUGCGUUAAACCAUUACAAGUUAUCGCUUUAGGCAUGCAUUGUAAAUUUCUACAAAUCUAUGACAGUUGCCAUCAAUAAUCCUAAAAGAUUUGUAAAAAAACUCAAAAACAGUUUUAGAAAUCGGCUACGUAUGCUUUUAGUGACUCAAGCCACCUCAAGCCUAACAACUGCUUUAACAAGCUUUAAGUGCGUAUAGUUAUAAUAAAGAAAAAUGACGUAUUAAUUUUACACAGAGGAU